AUGCCGGAGCUGACAGUGCACACGGGCGGGAACGCCUCCUUUGAAGACGCUUUCUAUUCUGUGGGGUGGCCUGCUGCCUUUCCGCUGCCUGCGUCUCCUGCUGCUGCUGGCAGCAGCAGCAGCAGCAGCAGCAGGGAGGGGCGGGCGCAGCAGGCCUUUGCUGCAGCGCUCACGGCCACGGAGCGGCUGAGUGCAGCGUGCUGCACCAUCCGGCCAGGCGAGGGGGCUCCCUGGGGGACCCCCUCGGGGGCCCCCGCAGGGGCCCCCACAGGGGCGCCCCAAGUAGAAUACAUGGAGGGCUAUUCUUUCUUUGACCCCGCGAGGGCCUGGCUAGCUCUUACUUGUGGGGCCCUUUCGGGGCCCCGCAGCAUAAGUCCGGGGCCCUCGGGGGGCCCCUACUUGUGCAGCUCGCUGCCGCCUUCCUCACACUUCGCCCAGCAGCACCAGCAGCAGCAGCAGCAGCAGCAGCAGCAGCAGCCGUACAGCGCGGCGGA